AUGGGGAAGGCAAAGCGUGCAUCGAUAUUUAUCAGGCUCGUUUCAGCAGCUGGAACUGGUUUUUUCUACGUGAAGCGUAAGAAUCCUCGGCGGAUUACAGAGAAGCUUGAGUUCAGGAAGUACGAUCCUCGUGUAAACAAGCAUGUUCUAUUUACGGAAGCCAAGAUGAAGUGAGACAGUGCAGCCUUUUUUUUUUCUUGACAUAAGACCUCUACUGUUCAUUUUCGUUGAAGACACUGCUACCUUUAUUAGCCUGUUCCAGAUUCGAGAGUUUCAUGUGGGCACCAAAUCAGCAUGGAUCUUGCUCUGCCUGCCUGUUUAUUUGUAUUGUAAGUUUAUCACUGAAAUGAGCUGCAAGCCUGGAAAAGUAA